AUAACAACAACAAACACCGAAUUUUAUAUAUAUUAUCAGACCAACGAAUGCUGUUUCUACACUUUCACGCGCAGUCAUGCUAGUGGCGCGAAAACUAACGUACUCAAAAAUCUAACAAACUGUGUAAAGCGCUUUUAAAGAUACAUUCUGUUACUGUACAUUUAUAAGUAACACUUUCAAACCAUUUUAUGUCUAUAUACUCAGUCUCUUGUUAAUAUAUGAGCUAACCUAUUUUAGUCUUAAAUAUUGCCAAUAUAUAACAAACGAGUAAAUAUAAGUUGAACUAGCUUAGCUAUAUGGCUAAAAGAAAUGUGGACCACGAAUUAUCUGUCAUCACAAACUGAAACGGAUGAUUUUGACCUGUUUCCGCCUUUCGCAAGGCGAUCAAAGAAAGUGACUCGUUACAAUGAGGAGACUGUGUUACCUGUGCAGCCUCAACAUGACGAGACUUUCUGGAAGACAGCUGUGCCAAUAUCACCUGAGGACUUGUUCACAUAUGAACCCUUUCUUGCUUCAGCCCUGUGCUCAAAAUCACCUUUUGGGAUGGUGAGCAGACUUAAAAAAGUGAGUACAAGCCUGACUCAUGAGAAUCUGCCACAUCCUUCACAGCUGAUGUGUAGAAUGAGAAGAUAUCACAGACGACAGAAACACACUCCAAGUGUUCUGCAACAUAUAGGAGAACUCAGGAUGAAACAGCGCCAUAUAAAUGAGCUGAAGGGGGACAAAUGGUGGGGUGCCACAGCUGUGCCAAGGCCGGAAGACGGCAGCGGUUCACAGAAACUACCUGAGGGUGGAGAUGAGCAGCUUCUCGGUCCUGCAGCUGGUGUUAACUUCAGUGCUAUGCUAAUGGACAAUCCUGAUGUGACCAUGACGAUGCCUUAUGAAGCUGCUCCAUCACCGACUCUUCUGUUCUCAGAAUAUGAGCAGUUUCAUGACCUUGCUCCAGGAGGGAACCCCAUGAUGGCGUUUGUUUCGGGAACAGCCCAUAGAUCGCUCUUGAUGGCUGAUAAUGUGUGUGCUGCAGUCAAUUCUGGGACAUCUGAUAGGAUCCUCAGGAGCAAUGAUGAUACAAUGUCACUUUUUUACUAGUUUCUGCAGUUUGAGCCAUGUUGGCCUAUGAUUCUACAAUUUUUUUUUCUUUCUCUUAAUAUCUACUGUUGUUAAGUCUUAAUGCAGUUUUAUAUGUAAGUGCUUUUCCUGGUUGCAAAUGUUUUAGUGUUUAGUCUAGUGUUUAGUGUUAAUGUAAGACAAUUGGUCUAACAUUUCAAGUGUGUGAUGCUUGGUUUAUCAAUCUUAAAAAAAAAGACUCUCAGGACCAGACCAAAGUUCAGUUCUGCUUAUAGUCAUUUGCAAAGGAAAUGUAUAUUAAUGGAAAUACAUGUUUACUUUAUUGCCAUUUAUUAUUGUCUGUAUGAAUUAUAAUCUGCUUGCUAAAACAGGUAAAAAGAAACCUAAAUGAUAAAAUAAAA